AUGAGCGGCAAAAGAGCGAUCGUUUUCGGCGCCAGUGGUGUCACUGGUUGGUCUUUCAUCAAUGAGAUUCUGCACGACUAUCCGCAGGCUGCGGUCUGGGAGGGCGUUGUGGCCAUGACAAAUCGGCCGCUGGAGCAAGAAGACUCGCUCUGGCCCGCAGACCCACGAUUGCAGAUUGUGUCAGGUGUAAACUUGCUUGACUCCCAGGAGACGGUCGAGGCGAAGCUCAAGGACUAUGUCCAGCAUGUGGAGGAAAUCACGCACGUGUUCUACCUUGCAUACAAAGCAUCUCCGGAUCUGCAACAAGAAUACGAAGACGCCGUGAACAUGUUCAAACGUGCUAUCAUCGCCAUGGAUCGCCUCAGUCCAGCACUCGAGUUCUGUGUGCUACAGACAGGAGCCAAGAUGUACGGAUGUCACCUGCUCGAGAAUCAUCCUACAGAUUAUAUUCAUACUCCUCUUCGAGAGGACAUGCCAAGACUGAGACCGCCGUACGGCGAUAUGUUGUUCUACCAUGCUCAGCUGGAUUGGAUCGCUGAGUACGCCAGAGACAAGAAGUGGAACUGGAUCGAUACCCGCCCGGACAUCAUCAUUGGCUUUGUUCCGAAUCAGAACGCGUACAGUCUGGCGCAGUCCCUUGGCAUCUUCCUGUCACUCUACGCUCAUGUCGAAGGCCACGGUGCUAUCCUUCCCUUCCCUGGCACAGCAAAAUCUUGGAAUGCUAAGUCUAAUGACAGCUCUUCAGACAUGAUCGCAAGGCAGACAUUACACCUGUCGUUGACUCUACCACUGAGCGCCAAAGGAGAAGGCUUCAAUGUAGCAGAUUCCAAAGACUACUCAACAUGGAGUGGAACGGCUCCCUCUGCUGACACUCCCAGCCGGCUUGAGGUCCGCCAGUAUAUCAACGACCACCUCGACGAGUGGAAAGUUCUAGAGAAGCGAUACGGUCUGAAGAGCGGCGUUGCUGACUCCGACCUCACGUUCAAAGGCUUUGAAUACUUCCUUCUGACACAAUUUGACUUCGAUCGACAGUAUGACAUGACAAAGAUGUACAGCAGCCCAGAGGAAAACCCCUUCACGGAGCAAAGAGACACGAAGGAGGCAUGGUACGGCGUUUUUGAUCGCAUGCGAGCAGGACAUUUGAUCCCAAUUGAUGCACGGAAAGACUCGAAGGCAUAA